AUGUCAACAGCUAUACCGCACGCCGCAACCACUCCAACGACACACCUUCGUGUAAUUCCCUUGUGCUUCGACAUGUGCUGACUUUAAUCGACGGCCUUCCCGACCGAGUCAUCACGAAAACCCGCCCAUCAUGCCAUCUGCGUCUUCUCCCUUAGUCUAUCCGUCUAGCUCCUUGCCAUUGACGAGCUCAAAGCGACCAAAUUCGCCAACGAAGACGAAGCAGCCUCGACCUCGAACAAAAGCUGGUUUCCUACUCGACGACGACUCGGACGAAGAAAAUCAAGAUGUUCAUGAUCCGACAGAGCCAGCCGCGAAACGGCGGAUGCUGGAGAGCCCCAGUCGGCUUGCGACCACGCAAAUACCGGGCCGGCUCUCUCCGUUAACGACAACAGAAGAGCCCCAUGAAGAGCCUCAGCCCGCGAUCUGUGACACGGCAUUACCGCCCUUGCCAACACCAGCUGCACCACAGGAACUCGGCACACAAUUGUCCAGCUUGGGUUCUGUGUUUGCGAGGCGGCCAGCUAAAGGGGCUAGCAGAUCGCACAAGAUCACAACAUGCUCUGGCCAAUCACUGGAGGUCAAGCAACGGCAACCGACUGUGAAUGUCGCAUACGAGAGCAUGAUUGCAGCCCGAUCGAAAACCAAGGAGGGCCGCGCAAAGCGAAGUUAUUACGGCAUUGAUAUUCACGAGCUUCUUCAAGCAGCGAAAGAGCAAAAAGCUCCAAAGAGUGUAGAGGACACGGACGCACCCAUGCCAUCGGUUGAAGACAGCGCGAGGCCGAAAAAGUCGCUCCUGUGGACGGAGAAAUAUCGUGCCCGAACAUUUGGCGACCUUGUAGGGGACGAUUACACCAAUAGGAACGUGCUCCGGUGGCUCAAGCGAUGGGACCCUCUUGUAUUUCCUCGAGCCUCAAAACCUAAGUCCGCGACGAGGAAGCAAGGUCAGGGCCAAGAGGAAGAGGAGAAGCCACACAGGAAGAUCCUAAUGUUGACAGGGCCUCCGGGUCUCGGCAAGACCACUCUUGCGCAUGUUUGCGCCCGUCAAGCUGGGUAUGAAGUCCUCGAGAUCAAUGCAAGCGACGACCGCAGCAAGGAUGUUGUGAACAACCAGGUCAGGACCGUCCUGGGCACGGAGACGGUCAAGAACGUACAGCACACCAAGCACAAACCAGGAGAACAACCGAGAAUCGCUCGACCCGUAUGCGUUGUUAUCGACGAGGUAGACGGAGUAGUGUCUGGCUCAGGAGGCUCGGGCGAGGGUGGAUUUAUCAAGGCCCUGAUGGAUCUGAUCACAACUGGCGAGAAGAAUGCUUCCGGGCAAGGCACGACUCAGAACAUGAACAAGAGGAAAAAGAAGACGGACGAUUUCAGACAGAUGCGGCCUCUGAUCCUGAUUUGCAACGACAUAUACCAUCCAUCUCUCCGGCCACUUCGACAAUCAAACCUUGCAGAGAUAGUCUACACCGGCAAACCGACGAUCGAUGCCGUGGUCACCCGUCUGAAGGGCGUCUUCGAGAAAGAAGGGAUUCCUUGCGAGAAGGAUGCCGCGAGAAAGGUGUGCGAGGCCGCCUGGGGAAUGACUAGUGGCAUUGAUGCCAAGAAGGGCGCAGAAAGCACCGCCGAGGGCGACCUGCGAGGAAUCAUGGUGGUUGGCGAAUGGGUCGCCGGGCGGCUCCGUGCCGCCAGUCUGAAGGGGCCGUUGUCGCUUACCCGCCAAUGGGUCGAGCAGAACAUCGUCCGGGAACUCGCUCAUGGCGGCGGAGGCGCGCGGGGGAUCGGUCGAGGCAACACCAAGGAUGUGGUCGCCCGCAUAUUUCAAUUAGGGGCCGGUUUUCCCAAGAAGAACAUCGCCGUUGUGGCGCCAGCCUCGAAACAUGCUGGUGAACAACCACAAGAGCAGCUCGGCUUUCUCGAGCAGCAGAAGAAGUACGGCAUGGAACGACUGCGCGAGAUGAUUGAGACUGGAGGCGAUGCAGAUCGUAUCCUCACUGACGUCUUCCUCGAAUAUCCUAACCGCGAGUUCAACGACGACUCUUUCCUGACCAAGCCGGAUCAAGCGUAUGACUGGAUGCAUUUCCACGAUCAAUGCACGUCGAAGGUUUAUGGUAGCCAAGACUGGGAGCUGGCCCCGUAUCUUACACAGCCUGUACUUGCUUGCCAUCACUUGUUUGCGAUGCCAAUCAAGAGGUCAAAUGCAGGUUACGACAAGAACAUGGACGAUGACGACGAGCCACCGCUGCCGUUUUCUGGCCCCCGUGCGGACUUUGAAGCGCGCGAGGCAGAGAAAACGAACCGUUCCAUGCUGCAGGCAAUACAGAGCCAGCUCCAGCCGACACUGAUGCGGUCAUUCAGGAGCCCCGAGGAUGUCUCUAUGGACUUUAUGCCUUACUUAAUCCGGCUCGUAUCCCCAGACGUGAAGCCUGUGACUGUUGGUGGGAGUGGCUCUGGCACAGCCACUGUCAGGAAAGAAUCGGAGCGAGCCAUGGUCCGGCGUGCCGCUGAGACUCUGGCCGACGUUGGGAUCGAGCUGCAACAGGGAAAGAUCGAAACGGAUCCUAACACAACGAGGGGCAGCCAAUGGGUUUACCGAAUGGAACCUGAUCUCGACAUGCUGGCUACAUUUGAGACGUCGGCAGCCGUCAUGCACGGGACGCAUGCACCAACACGAUACGCCGUGCGCCAGGUUCUAGAUCAGGAAUUGCGCAGGACUAAGGCGCUCCGUGAACGGACAGCUCGACAGGCAAGGUUCAAGGCCGGCAAUCCAGGAGCUGGUGACAACGUCUUCUUCGACACGGAUGGAGCAGUCAUUAUGCCCAAAGAGAAUGCCAAAGUGGUACUUCCUGUACUUGACAAGGUCAAGAAAGACUUUUUCGGGCGGGUCAUCAAGACCGAGGAGCGCGCUUCCCUGCAGGAGGCGAAUGGCAAUGGUGAUGCCAAGAGGAGCAAUGGAAAUGCAGACGAGGGCCAGGAGACCAAGAUAUGGGUCACUUUUCACGAGGGCAUGAACAACGCGGUGCGGAAGCCGCUGUUGUUGGACGAACUGAUGAGGGGCUUCUAGGCAGGCAGCCAUGGUGUUGGAUCGACAAUGCUUCGCGAGCCUAAUGUGAUCACGAAUAGAAGAAUUAAUAUCACUCUUGG